UCACGUCUUAACUGUGUCGUACCGGUUGGGAAUUAUUGCAAUAACUAUUUUAUUUGCAUAAAACUUUUGAACAAGGCCAAUUGUAAUUGAACUACUAUAUCGACACACAAAUCCCUAACCAUGGCUGACGUAGAAAACAAGGAAGAUCUCGUUGAAGACGGAAAAAACAAAAUGAAUGUUAAAUGCAAAUUCUGCAGUUCUAAAAUUCUAGACAAGAAAUCUGCGAAUUAUAUCACGCAAGAGAUGGCUCUGCCUCUAAUGCAACAAGAUAACAACCGUAAGGAGGGCGAGAUCCAGAACGAAACAGUGAACGAGUUCUAUCACGUAGAAAACAUGUAUACGUUUGAGAAUAUUGGUUUUACACACACAGUCGACAACUACAAAUACCUGAGUUGCGCGGACUGUGAUGCUGGGCCGGUGGGCUACUAUGACAUGAAUACUAAGCACAGCUAUGUGGCUUUGUCAAGAAUUGUACAUUCUUAGGUAGUUUUUAUUUAAAUUAGAUGCUAAUGUCAUUAUAAUCUUGAAAAUUAUGGAAAGGGAGAGGAUAUCAAAAGU